AGUGUGAGUUUAUAAGGCUGUACGAUGCGCAUGAGCACCAUAGCGCAUUUUACCUGCGCAGGCGACACUGCCAGUUUAAUCAUGGGAUCGUGGUCAACAACGGUUGCUUUCUUGGUGGUGACCCUAUCUACAGUGGUAAUUAGCACGCCGCUUGACCAAAGGAGCAGCAAAUUCUUCGAACAACAAACUCAAGAGGUACCAGGUGAAAUACAAUCGUUUAAAAGUAGUGAAAGCGCUGAACCAGAACUAAAUGAUAUUGACGUCACUAAAGUUCAUUAUACGGGAGCUCAAGUCUGGACAAUAUCUGUAGAGAUAAACAGAUGGGGAUUUGUAAGUGAAUUAGAAGACAAAAACCUGAUAUCAAUUUAUAAAACAAAGAGCUCAUCUGUGGAUGCACUCAUACAAGCACAUCAGAUACAAGAAGUGAAAACUGCAUUGAGUACAAAAAACUUACCUUUUAAUAUCGUCAUUGAAGAUCUUCAAGUUUUAAUAGACCUAGAAAACCCACCGCUUCAAGAGAAUGCGAUAAAACCCCAAAAAAGCGUAGGUCAUUCUAUGGAUUGGAAGCGAUACCACAGGCUAGAGGAUAUCCACGGAUUUUUGGAUUACCUAGCGGAAAUCUUCCCCGACAUUGCUAGUGUCCAAAGUAUUGGGAAAUCAGUAGAAGGAAGGGAUCUGAAGAUAAUAAAGAUUUCAAACGGAAACCCAUCUAACAAAGCUGUGUUCAUUGAUGGAGGUAUACACGCCCGCGAAUGGAUCAGUCCCGCUACUGUCACCUACUUCAUCAAUCAAUUAGCUGAAAACUUCAAAGCUGAGAGUGACGACAUCAAAAACAUUGAUUGGUAUUUCUUGCCAGUGUUGAAUCCAGACGGUUACGAGUAUACACACACAACAAACCGUAUGUGGAGGAAGAACAGGCGGCCCGGACCUAACAAACGUUGCGUUGGCGUGGAUCUUAACAGGAAUUUUGGAUAUGAAUGGGGAGGCUUAGGCACAUCUGCAGACCCCUGCAGUGAUAUUUACAAAGGAGAGAAGCCCUUUUCAGAGCCUGAAUCUGAAGCUAUUCUGAAAUUCUUCCAAAGUGGGGUAAAGUUCAGUGCAUACUUGACAUAUCACAGUUAUGGUCAAUGGAUAUUUUACCCAUGGGGAUAUGAUAGUGUCCUGCCCCCGGACGCUGCCGAACUUGACACGGCGGGAAAAAAUAUCGCAGCGGCGAUAAAGUCGACUGGGCAAGAUGUCUACACUGUCGGGACAGCAGCUGAUCUGUUAUACCCUGCAGCAGGCGGCUCGGAUGACUGGGCGAAGAGUUUUGGCGUCAAGUACUCCUACACAAUCGAAUUGAAUGAUCAAGGCAAAUAUGGAUUUGCACUGCCAUCCCAGUACAUAGAAGCUGUAGCUAAAGAAAACUUGGCUGGUUUGAGAACUUUAGUGGCUGCUAUUCAUGAGGCCUGAUUUGUUCAAGUUAAAAAUAAAAAGACAAUAUUGUUGUUAUGUAACAUAGGUACAUUACUUUUCAGAAUAAUUAGAAACCAAUAAUCAGUUAGUCUGAAAUAAAAAUUAUGUUCCUUUUUAA